ACUGCCAAAAAAAAAAAAAAAAGAACUUGAGAAAUCUCACAAACAAUAACUUCAUCGAGAGACCUUACGGACAUACCCAUCAUCCGGAGUUGUAAUUGUGCGCUCAAGAUGAAGUUAGAUACGCGAGCUUUGCGCUAUUUGGCGUCUGAGGAUUGGAAUGUUCUCACUGCUGUAGAAAGGGCGAGCAAAGACCAUGAAAUCGUGCCUACGCAACUAAUCGAACGGUUUUCUCGCGUCAAGGGCGGUGUCAGUGGCGUGCACAAAUCCAUCUCUGCGCUCGCCAAGGUCGGUCUCAUCGCCAGGGUGAAGGAGGCGAAAUACGACGGCUACCGCCUUACCUAUGGCGGCCUGGACUACCUCGCCAUGCACGCCUACUCCACACGCAAGGAGAUCUACAGCGUCGGUAGUCGUAUCGGAGUGGGGAAAGAGAGCGAUAUCAUGAUGGUAGCCGACCAUAAGGGGGUCCAGAAGGUGCUGAAGAUCCAUCGGCUGGGUCGCAUCUCGUUCCGGUCCGUCAAGACCAAUCGAGACUACCUAAGGAAUCGUCAGUCCGGUUCCUGGAUGUAUCUUUCUCGACUGGCGGCCAUGAAGGAGUUCGCGUUCAUGAAAGCGCUGCGGGAGGAGGACUUCCCGGUACCGGAGCCUAUCGCGCAGUCUCGACACACCGUUCUCAUGUCGUUCGUCGACGCCUUUCUUCUGCGUACUAUUAACUCCGUACCCGAUCCCGCGAGUCUCUAUUCCGACCUCAUCGACCUGAUUCUCCGGCUCGCGAAGCACGGGCUGAUUCACGGUGAUUUCAACGAGUUCAACAUUCUCAUCAAGGAGGAAAGGUCCGUCACAACCAGCGACUCGGGCGAAGAAGACGAAUCAAUAGCCCUCGUCCCCAUUGUCAUCGACUUUCCACAAAUGAUCUCGAUGGACCACCAGAAUGCCGAGAUGUACUUCGACCGGGACGUGAACUGCAUUAAGCGUUUCUUCGAACGGAAGUUCGGCUUUGUGGGCACACAGCCUGGACCUUUCUUCAAGGACGCCAAGAAGACGGUGGGUAGGGAUAAUGUUCGGCGGCUCGAUGCUGCGGCCGAAGCGUCAGGGUUCACAAAAAAGAUGGCCAGGGAUCUGGAGAAGGCGAUUCGGGAACAAGAAGCGGCCAAGGAGAAGGGUGACGAGCAGUACAGUGACGAGGAUGAGGAUGGGAGUGAGGAAGGUGAGGAGGGAUGGCGAGAAUGACGAGGAAGACGCCGAGGCCGCAACCGAGAAAGACGAGAUUGAGGAGGGAGAGGCGAGUGCGAGUCAAAAAGGAGGAGAGACAAGAGAUCAGCAGG